AUGAAUGAAGAUCAUCAUGAUGACAAUCAACAACAACAAAUCACAACACAUGUGAUCAUGACCAUCACGGAUUGGGAAUACCUUUCUAUUCAUCACCACCAAGAUGAUUUGUUUGGCAAAUUUAAAGAAAAGAUGAGAUCAUCCAGUGCUCGGAAAUCAUUUUCUACGGAUUUUAAACAUGUGGCGACUCUGGGUAGAGUUGAGAUUUCUGGAUUUGGAAAUGAUCUAUUUGAUGGACCAUUUGAUGUGGCCAUUUCUUACAACCAUCAUUGCGUACUAAUUUCUGAUAUCAAUAAUGAUAGGAUCAAAGUGUUUGAUUUGAAAACGAAAGAAUAUAAAACUUCCAUCCAAUCUAUUUCUCCAAUGCCUAAAUAUUUGUGCAUUGAGGAGUCAUUUGAUGAAAAUAAGAAUGAUGCAUUAUUGUUUGAUUGUGAUGAUGGCGAUGCUGUAUAUAAAUAUGAUUUGAGAAGAUUGAUAGAAAAUUCUUUUGAAGAACAGAGAGGAGAGGAACCAUUCGAUUACAUCUGGAAAACAACACAUACAUUUUUGUCUGCUCAAGGAAUUGCUGUUUGUAAUAACAGAAAAGAAGUUUUUGUUUGUGAUUGUGAGAGUAAUUGUAUAAUAAUUUUGAAUUUAAAAUCUGGAGAAUUUAUCAAGAGAAUCGACGUGGAUAGUCCAAGAGGUGUUGCCAUCAACAGUUACGGAGAGUUAUUAUUGGUGAGUCAAAAGCAUCCAUUGAAUCGAAUUGAAAUUUUGAAAAAGACACCAAAUGAAGAAUGGACUCGAGUGACAACAUUUGGAAAAUAUGGAAAAUCAUUUGGAGAAUUGAAUAACUCAUUGAAAUUGUUGUUUGAUGAGGUUUCGAAAAACAUUAUUGUUUCGGAUGGUUGGAACCAUCGCGUACAGAUUUUUCGACGUGAUGGCACUUUUGUGACCUCCUACGGAACCUAUGGCUCCGCUUCCGUCAACCAAUUCAAAUAUCCGUGUGGCAUUUGUUGCAAUGAGCUCGAGGGAGAAUUGUAUGUUUGUGACUGUAGUGCCAAUGCUGUCCACAUUUUCAAGUAG